AUGAUACCGUUGGAGCUACUGCGAGUCCGGUCUUUUUUUCCGGACGCACGGCUUUCCCUUUCUUUUCGUUCCCAUUGUGAUUUUUACCCAGCUGUUGACAAGACAUUGAUCGCUGACGAUAGCGCCCGUCUCGCCGGCAUCAAUGUCGGCGCUCCGGCGCACUUUGCUCCCAGUGCUGAUUUCGGCCUCAUCGGUCUGGCCGUUAUGGGCCAGAACCUGAUCCUGAACGUCGCUGAUCACGGCUUCACCGUUUGCGCCUACAACCGUACAACCGCCAAGGUUGACCGUUUCUUGGAGAACGAGGCCAAGGGCAAGUCCAUCGUUGGUGCUCACUCCAUCCAGGAGUUCUGCGCCAAGCUCAAGCGCCCCCGUCGUAUCAUGCUCCUCGUCAUGGCCGGAAAGCCCGUCGAUGACUUCAUCGAGUCCCUUCUGCCUUUCCUCGAGAAGGGUGAUAUCAUCAUUGACGGUGGUAACUCCCACUUCCCCGACAGCAACCGUCGCACUCAGUACCUCACUGGCAAGGGCAUCAGCUUCGUCGGCAGCGGUGUCUCCGGUGGUGAGGAGGGUGCCCGUUACGGACCCUCUCUCAUGCCCGGUGGUAACGAGGAGGCCUGGCCCCACAUUAAGGACAUCUUCCAGAGCAUCUCCGCCAAGAGCGACGGUGAGGCCUGCUGCGAUUGGGUCGGUGACGAGGGUGCCGGUCACUACGUCAAGAUGGUCCACAACGGUAUUGAGUACGGUGACAUGCAGCUGAUCUGCGAGGCCUACGAUAUCCUGAAGCGCGGUCUCGGUCUCUCCUCCAAGGAGAUCGGUGAUGUUUUCGCCAAGUGGAACACCGGUGUUCUUGACUCCUUCCUGAUCGAAAUUACCCGUGAUAUCCUUUACUACAACGACAACGAUGGCACUCCCCUCGUUGACAAGAUCCUCGACAAGGCUGGUCAGAAGGGUACCGGCAAGUGGACCGCCAUCAACGCUCUGGACCUCGGCAUGCCCGUCACCCUGAUCGGCGAGGCUGUCUUCUCCCGCUGCCUCAGUGCUCUCAAGGACGAGCGUGGCCGUGCCAGCGACAUCCUUAGCGGUCCUACUCCCAAGUUCGAGGGCGACAAGCAGGCUUUCGUCGACGACCUUGAGCAGGCCCUGUACGCUUCCAAGAUUAUCUCUUACGCCCAGGGCUUCAUGCUCAUCCAGAACGCCGCCAAGGAGUACAAGUGGAAGCUGAACAAGCCUUCCAUUGCCCUCAUGUGGCGCGGUGGUUGCAUCAUCCGCUCCGUCUUCCUUAAGGAUAUUACCAACGCCUACCGCAACAACCCCGAUCUCGAGAACCUGUUGUUCGACGACUUCUUCAAGAAGGCUAUUAACAACGCCCAGAACGGCUGGCGUAACGUGAUCAGCAAGACUGCUCUGUGGGGUAUCCCCGCCCCGGCCUUCUCCACUGCUCUCAGCUUCUACGACGGCUACCGCUCCAAGAACCUGCCCGCCAACCUGCUCCAGGCCCAGCGUGACUACUUCGGUGCCCACACUUUCCGCAUCAAGCCCGAGAACGCCAACGAGAACUUCCCCGAGGGUAAGGAUAUCCACGUUAACUGGACUGGCCGUGGUGGUGACGUGUCGGCCUCGACUUACAUCGCAUAA